AUGGACCAGCUGAUCCCCAUCAUCAACAAGUUGCAAGACGUCUUCAGUGCUAUUGGCCAGUCGCCAAUUAAUCUGCCCCAAAUUGUGGUCAUUGGUAGUCAAAGCAGCGGCAAGUCAUCGGUGCUUGAAAAUAUUGUCGGUAAAGACUUUCUACCACGGGGCUCGGGUAUCGUUACGAGGCGUCCCCUUGUUCUACAGCUGUACAACAUACCAAGCACAUCUUCUGUGGAGGGGGGAGAUGCGGCCGAGGAGUGGGGCGAAUUUCUUCACAUGCCCGGCCAGAAGUUUACCGACUUUAACGAAAUCCGACGCGAGAUCGAAAAGGAGACCGAUCGCAUUACUGGAAAAAAUAAAGGCAUUAGCAACAAGACAAUCAAUCUCAAAAUUUUCUCGCCCCACGUGCUAAAUUUAACGCUUGUAGACCUUCCGGGUAUCACGAAAGUGCCUGUCGGAGACCAGCCUGUGAACAUCGAGGAACAGAUUCGAGACAUGUGCACUGAAUUCAUUUCGAAUCCUAAUUCAAUCAUUUUAGCUGUCACGUCGGCCAACACAGACUUGGCUAAUAGCGAUGCGCUCAAGAUGGCCCGCGAAAUUGAUCCAGAUGGACAGCGCACCAUUGGUGUGCUAACCAAAUUGGACUUAAUGGACGAUGGUACGGACGCCUUGGACAUGCUGCAGGGACGUGUCAUUCCACUCAAGAAAGGAUACGUGGGCGUUGUGAAUCGUAGCCAGGCUGAUAUCAAUUCGCAAGUGUCAAUUCGUGACUCACUUUCAAAGGAGCAAAAUUUCUUCAAGAAUCAUCCCGCCUACCGAGCUAUUUCUUCUAGGAUGGGUACGCAAUACUUGUCUAAGACACUAAACACGAUUUUGAUGCACCACAUCCGCGAUUGCUUGCCGGAAAUCAAAUCCAAAAUUAGCAGUAUGAUUUCGGAUCUUGACCAAGAACUCGGUGAAAUGGGAUCCCCCACAGUACAAAUGACGUCUACUGAAAUGGGCGGCUGUUUGCUUAACCUUUUAUCACAUUUCUCGAGCAACUUUACGAACUCACUAGAUGGACGCAACCACCAACUAGUGGAAAUGGACGAACUCUAUGGUGGUGCUCGUAUAAAUUACAUUUUCAACGAAAUCUUUUCGAAGUCCCUACGGGAAGUCAAUCCGUUUGAUGGGCUUAGCGAUGAGGACAUCCGUAUUACCAUUCGUAACGCCAAUGGCCCGCGUCAGUCGCUAUUUGUUCCCGAAGUAUCUUUUGAACUGCUUGCAAAGCGUCAGAUUAGCCGCUUGGAGCAGCCUGGACUACAGUGCGUGGAUCUUGUGUUUGAUGAGCUGCAACGUGUGACGUCGCAAUGUGAGACGAUCGAACUGACGCGUUUCCCUGAGCUGCGCGAUCGUGUAAUGGAAGUGGUUAAUGGUAUGCUACGUGCUUCUUUAAUUCCAACCCAAGCUAUGAUUCAGAACCUUAUAAGGAUUGAGCUGGCUUAUGUGAACACUAAUCAUCCGGAUUUCAUUGGGGGCAGCCGAGCAGUGGCUCAACUGAUGGAGAAAAUGCAGCGCGAAACGAUGGCGCCUGUCGGAGGUCCCAGCCAUAAUAUGAUCAAUCAGGAUCCUCGACGCGCAGGGCAGGCGCCAAAGCAAAAUACGGUUCUUGCGAGCCACACAGCAGUAGCGGAUGAGAAGCAAGAGGGAAAUGGUCUGAUGUCAAUUUUUGGUGUUGGACGCAAGAAGAGUGGGGCUGAUGUUCCUGCGAGCUCAAAGGCUGCAGUUGUCAAACUUCCUCAAGUUCCAGUAAAUAUGCGACAAGGCGACGAUCCAACAGACCGGGAACGCAUAGAAACGGAAAUAAUUAAGAGUUUGCUUGCGUCUUACUUCGACAUUGUGCGGAAAAAUUUUUUGGAUCUUGUGCCAAAGGCCAUAAUGUGCUUUAUGGUGGUGCACUCAAAAGAAAACAUACAAAACGAAUUAGUCUCAUCGUUGUACCGUGAAGAUAAACUUACGGAGCUGUUGGCCGAGACUGGUGAUAUUGCGGCGCGGCGUUCAAAUUGCGACGAGAUGCGAACGCUUUUGCAGCGCGCCUUAGAGAUUGUAAACGAAGUUCGUGACUUCAAUACAUUUAAGUAA